GGCUGCUUGUCUCAGGCACGAUCUCGACGGACGAUGCUCCUCAAGAUGGCCUCGACGACGCACUCGGACCAAGUUCAAAUAACGGAUACGACAUGGGGCGUGCUAGUGUCCAUGACUGAGCGCCUCUCAUCUGUCGUCCUCGACAAGACCGCAGACAGCGCCCCCGCAGAACCGCCGCGCGGAUCUGAAGCCGAUGCCAACCAGAGCAACAAAAGCGGGUAUCUUCUCGGCCGCAAUCGAGAGUGCGACAUUGUCAUCCCGAACAUUCCAAUGGUUUCCAAUCGCCACUGUCUGAUCUACAAGGAAUCGAUCAUUAGCUCGGAUCGAUCAACCCAUGGGACUUGCGUUUUCAUCAAGGAUCUCAGCACCAAUGGAACGUUCGUCAACGGUGUCCGCAUUCCCAAGAACCAACGGCAUCAGCUUCACCACGGCGACACCAUCCAGCUGGCUGUCUACGAUGCUAGCAAGAAAGGAGCGGCUUUUGACGAUCAAUUCUACAUCUUCCGGCUGCCCAAGGGAGAGAAGAGUGCAGGAAUCGAAGAGACUCUCCGGGGCAAGUUUGUCGUCAACCGUAAGCUCGGAAGCGGGAGCUUCGCAACUGUGUACGAGGCCACCCAUCGCAAGACUGGCAAGCGAUACGCAAUCAAGGUCAUCUCCAAGGGCAAGAAUGCCAAAGCCAAAGUAUUGGAAAGCCUUGAGGCCGAGAUCUCCAUCCUGAUGAGUCUUUCUCAUCCGUGCAUUAUCUCUAUAUACGAUGUAUACAACAGCCAAAAGGAUGUGUGCAUCAUCCUGGAACUGGUCAAAGGUGGCGAGCUCUUCAACCGCAUCGUCCAAGAAACACGCUUCUCGGAAGACAAUGCCCGGAAAGUUAUGUUUCAGCUCUUCGCGGCCCUCAAGUACCUCCACGAUAGGGAGAUUUCUCAUCGCGAUCUCAAGCCCGAGAAUGUCUUGCUCGUUUCUAAAGAUGCCAAUGACAUGCGCAUCAAGCUGAGCGACUUUGGCUUGGCUAAGCUGAUAGGGGAGCAGAACUUUAUGAAAACUCUCUGCGGCACCCCAAACUAUGUUGCUCCCGAAGUGCUCACACACGCCGCUGGCAGAAGCUAUACGAAGGCGGUUGAUUUGUGGAGUUGCGGUGUGAUACUUUAUAUCUGCUUGGUAGGAUUCCCGCCGUUUUCAGAAGAGCUGGCGCCACCAAGGAUGACAGACCAAAUCAAGCUCGGAAAAUAUGCCUUCCCAUCGCCCUGGUGGGACAGUAUCUCGCCCGAAGCAAUUGAUCUCGUUAAAGGCCUGCUCACAGUCGAUCCAGCCCAGCGACUCACGACAGACCAAGCCUUGGAGCAUCCAUGGAUGAAGAAAUUGUGCUUGGACCACACCCAAGACCCCUUCAUCGCUGCGGUUGCAAACGCAACAGCCCCAGCUCAGAUGACUCGCGGUGAUACGAUCAAUCCCGUGGAUCAGCAAACGAAUCAAGACCUUGGAGACCAGGCUGCCGACGAUGGACUCAACAUAUCAUAUUUUAGGGACGAUAUCGUUCCCGCCAGCAGUGACCUGCAUGAGCACAGGAGCAUAAGCCUCGUCAGCUCUGGACAUCGUGGCGGUGACUUGGAUGCCAGGGUAAUGGACGAAAGCAGCGGCCAAACCCAUCUCAGCGCCGGUAUGAACACCAUUCACUUCAGCCCAAACACUGCAGCGCCGAUCCCAGCUUCGGAUCCGGAUGGCGUAGACACGGAACGAGUCUCGAUCGACAUUGCUUCGCCCGAUGCUCUCCGGGUCGAGUCAGUCGUGAGCGCCACUCAGUCACGACCGAAUGUUGCCCGGAAAAAAGGCCGUGGUCGGGCCAACGCACCCCAACCCAGGACCGUACACGUUGCUGAUUCAAUGGAUGCAUCAACAAGGCAAGCGCAGCGGCCGCCAUCGACCCAGCCCGAACCCAGCAUAAAUGAGGAGUUCGUUCCGGCAACACCAAAUAGCCAAGAGGAUGACAUUGGCCCGAGACGAUCGAAACGGCUCAAGCACAAAUCAAGCAUUUCCAGCACUCACAGAGCGAACCGGGACAGCCCGUACUGAGGCCAGUGGCCGCUCGAUUCUGGGUCCUGAAUACAUACACUGAUCCGCCCUUGUCAGCACA